AGAUUUCAAGCAGAAUGAAUACAAUUUCCUGGAGUAGCCUUGUACUCCUUGUCGUGGCCUCGUUGGGCUCUCUUGAGGAGGUUAACUCAGACCGAGCUUGCCGCUCGAUCUCCUCUCCUCUUCGUCUCAGAGGAGGAUUCCGCGGAGACGACAACCAAUAUGAUCAGGGUUACGGAAGAGACUACGGUGAUCGGGGCGGGUACCGUGGAAGAGCACGCGGAAGAGGACGUGGAAGGGGAGCCCCACGUGGGCCCCCUGAUGGUCCUAUCGACCCCCUCAAACUGUUUGUGAGCGGGCUGUCCUGGGAAGUGGACGACCAGCAGCUGAUGGAGGCGUUCCAGGAGUUCGGGAACUGUGAGGCUAAGGUGAUGGUGGACAGAUACUCUGGGAGGUCCCGAGGGUUCGGGUUUGUGACCUUCAGUGAGGAACACAGUGCGGCGAAGGCCAUAGAAGAGAUGAACGGAAGGGAAUUGCUGGGCAGACAGAUCACAGUCACACACGCGCGGCAGAAGAUCUACGAGCAGAAUAGCCAAUCCUUCGACGGACAAGGCGGCCAAGGGAACGCCGAUGGACUGGCAGGAGAGGAAGAGCCCAUGGAGAACGAAGAGUCUUGAGUCGCUUCAGCAGCAGCAGCAGCAGCAGCAGCAGCAAGUGAAUAGGAAUGUGUUAUUCUGAAGAGCAGGAAGAAGAGGAAGCGAUCGAGGUUCGGACGCGCGAGGGGUGCACAAUCAUUUUUCCACUUAAGGUUCACAUCAAAGAAUAAUCAAACUCC